AUUAGUGGUUGGAUUGAAUGAUUCAAGGCCGCAUCCAUCCCUCUGCCAUUUCCUCUCUCAUUUCCCUCCCCGCGCCCUCCCUUUCUUUCCUUGCUGCUGCUCUUGCAGUCUCUUUGUUGUCCCCCAUUUCUCUUCCUUUUUCAUUGUCUCUGGGUGGUGGGGGAUGACGUAGAAAUGCUAUGACUGUCAAAAUUAUCUUUCCUCUAAAAUAAAAUUCAUUUUCAUCUCAGAAGUUCUUCUAAUUUUUUGGAGUUAUUACGUUUGGACCAUUUCUGUCGAUUUUUUUUUUUAAAAAAAAUAAAAUAAAAUCUACUCAAUUCCGAUUUCCAUAUUGUCAAUUUCCUACUUCUCACCUAUCCAUCAAAAGAUCCUCUGUUCUUCUUCAAUCGGGAUGAAAAAUCUGGGAGUUUGGUGUUAAUAUUAGAAAAUAUCAGAUGCGCGGAGGCUUGGAGGGACCGAUUUGCUGUUGGAUUGUUACAUGGAAUCCCCUUUGGUUACUUGGGUCGGUAUCACUUUUGGCGUCUUGUUUUCUUUAUUUGUUGUUGAAUCCCAAAAUGUAGAUACUGUAGCACCACCUCCGUCUCCACCGCCUCCGCCAUCUCCUCCACCUCCACCUCCACCUCCACCGCCUCCGCUAUCUCCACCCCCGCCAUCGGCCCCACCUCCACCUCCUCCCUUUCAUCCACCUCCGUCACCUCAUCCACACUCUCCUCCACCACCGCAAAAGGGCCUCCCUCCAGCUCCUCCAAAGAAUAAUAACUCAGAUAGAAAUCAUACCAAACAUGAGAAGCCCCAUGCUAAACUAAACCCACCACCGCGGAAAGAGAAAAGACCGCCACCAGCACCACCACCACCACCAAAAGAGAAAAGGCUCAAUUUUGGCAAGAAAAUCGGACUAUUUUUCAUCGGUAUUGCAACAAUCUUGCAGGUGUGCGUGGUGACGUUCUUGGUAUUCAAAAGAAAACAACUCUUAAGGGCAGAAAGCAGAUUUUAAAAAAAGGGCCAAAUUCAUUUAUCCUUUUUUCUCUCGUUUUCUCUUUCUCUUUGAUCGAGCAUGCAUACAAUACGGAAGUAGAGUCUUUGCUGGAGGAUAGGCAUUUUAUUCAUUCAGCGGACAGAUGAUGGAUUCAUAUAUGGAUUCGGAUUGAAGGAUUUUCUGAGCAUCGGUCUCGGCAUAUCAUUAUUGCUCUUGUAAAUUGGUGAUAGAAGAAACAAACGUUUCUAGAUGAUAUCCUGCCUCUGGUUCUCAAUUUGACAUGACUUGUGUGGAUGGAGAUAAAAAUUGCCUUAAGUUAGUCUGGAUGAAAACUCAAUAGGAAUAUCAGCCUACUGAUUUUCGAGGCGUGAUUUGUGGUUGCUACUAUUGUAACAUGCGGUCCUAUAUAUAACCUUUUCAUUUUGUCUGUUCGUAAAUAAAUAAAUAUAUAAAAAAAUAAUGAAAGUAUAUGAUAUUUAAUUCUGUCUUGUGCUAUGACAUUUGGAUUGCAAAUGCAUGAGCACAUAUGCUGCAGGCUUGGUAUUUGGAUGGGGAUAUGUAAACAAAGAUUGCGGGGCUUAGUUGGCAAAAUGUAUGAAUGAAAAAGGCACUAGACUUUUCUGGAGUAA